UGGCAGGCGAGCUUCCUGUGUGCUGAGACUUCAAUCAGAAGUCAAUUCGAUUCGGUUUUACCGCCUCUCCUCCGCGAGUAGGACGGGCGUAGCACGGCUAUACACAACUGUUUCAGCGACUGAACGAUGGCAGUGAACCUAAGCAAAAACGGCAUUGCCCUGACAAAUGCCUACAAAGAGGUGGUAGAUGAGAAAUCCAACACCAACUGGUAAGGACGGUAGCACUGCAGGAUAGCUCGCUAACGUUAGCUAGCUAGCUAACUUAAUUGCAUCGCCAUAAAAUGUUGCAUCCGCUAUUUUUAGUUAGCUAGCUACGUUAGCUCCCUAGUUAACAUUUAAUUUCCCUUGCCUUUCGUAUAAGUUAUUUAGCUCACUGGCUUGCUUGUUGUGCAAUGAAAACGAAGGUUGUAUCAAUGAAACAGUAUAAUUAGUAUUGCCAUGUUCGUACAGUAGCCGAUAUAAAAAUCGGAUGACCCUGUCAUGUUGUCUGCCAAUUUCCUUAGCUUGUUAGCUUGCUAUUUAGCUAAUGAUGAUGCUAGAUGACGUUAGUAGUUUGGUAGCUACUAGCUACGUUAGCUGUUUGCGUUUUUUAUUUUGUGGAUUUCUUCAGUCAUUGCAAUGCCUAAAUAUUGCAUGCACCUAACGUUAACGUUACUUAGUCAGCUAAUUUUAGCUAAAGAAAAGUAUUUGGAGAAACAAAUUAAUUCACGUGUCACUUAAGGUUCAAAUGAAACCUGUUGGUGGAAGUGUUUAAAGAUCAAGAUGACCUGAAUUAAUGAAUUAACCUGGUUUACCUCAAGAGGUUUAUCAAACCCAGAGGGUUUCAGUCUUAGCACACUUCCUGUUGCUGAAUGUGGACCAGACUCUCAAAAGUGUUUGUUUUUAAACCAUAUAAUUACAUAGUACACUAUUACAGGAUCUCAGUUUCUCACGUAAAUGGGUUGCUCCAAAGUUAUGCAGUUCAACCAAGUGUCAUGUUUUUGUUUGAUCAGGGCACAUCACCUAACAAGGUUGCUUCAGGAUGCUAUUCUGCAAUACCUUUUUAUGCAGUGGCUAAGUGUUACAUGGAUGUGAACAAUUAUGUAUGUUGUUGAAACUGCUUAUUAUGCUUCCAAUCUACUAUUUGCAAUGGUAGUGUGACCCUGUAACCUGGCAUUCUUCUCUGCAGGGCAUUGUUCACCUAUGAGGGGAACACUAAUGAUAUCAGAUUGGCAGAGAAGGGAGGUGAGUGUGGUACACAGGAUCUUAGAAAGGCUCCAACAUUUAAAUGUAUUCCGUUUGGAAUCGAGUCUGUAAUGUUGUCUGAGAUCAUCAUCACCCUAACUUAUGGUGUGCCACUGAAUUGCUCUCAAAGCACAGUAAGGCAAUUUAAAAGAUGAAAGCAAAGGUAGUAAAUAGUUUGCAGUAGUUGUGUCUUUUAUUGUUUCAAUAAGUCUCCUAGACAAGUGUUUUGUAGAAGAUAAGAACUAUUUUCAUAUGAAAAAAGAUAGGUAGCAAACAGCGUCUAAUGCAGGAAGAAUCUUACAACACAUACACUGUCAAAAACUGAACAUGUUGAACGUGCCUAACGCCUUGAUCACACCGAUGGCGUUAUUGCGCAAAAUAGAUUUGUGUGCAACAAAAGUUGAACAUUCACCUUCUGGUACCAUUUCUGUCAAGCUGUCUACGCAUACAGUUUGACGCAUACGUUUGAUAAAUCCAACGUAUGCACCACACAGAACGCACUGCAACUGCAACGCAAUGCUUGCGGGCUGUCAUGUGCCUUCUUUACUGAGGAGUGGCUUCCGUCUGGCCACUCUACCAUAAAUGCCUGAUUGGUGGAGUGCUGGAGAGAUGGUUGUCCUUCUGGAAGGUUCUCCCAUAUCCACAGAGGAACUCUAGAGCUCUGUCAGAGUGACCAUCGGGUUCUUGGUCACCUCCCUGACCAAGGCCCUUCUCCCCCGAUUGCUCAGUUUGGACAGGUGGCCAGCUCUAGGAAGAGUCUUGGUGGUUACAAACUUCUUCCAUUGAAGAAUGAUGGAGGCCACUGUGUUCUUGGGGACCUUCAAUGCUGCAGUAAUUUUUUGGUAACCUUCCCCAGAUCUGUACCUCGACACAAUCCUGUCUCAGAGCUCUACAGACAAUUCCUUCGACCUCCAUUUACAUUUUAGUCAUUUAGCAGACACUCUUAUCCAGAGCGACUUACAGUUAGUGAGUGCAUACAUUUUCAUACUCAUGGCUUGGUUUUUGCUCUGACCUGCACUGUCAACUGUGGGACCUUUUAUAUAGACAGGUGUGUGCCUUUCCAAAUCAUGACCAGUCAAUUGAAUUGACCACAGGUGGCCUCCAAUCAAGUUGUAGAAACAUCUCAAGGAUGAUCAAUGGAAACAGAAUGCACCUGAGCUCAAUUUCAAGUCUCAUAGCAAAGGGUCUGAAUACUUAUGUAAAUAAGGUAUUUCUGUUUUAGUUUUAAAACAUUUGCAAAACAUUUUAAAACCUGUUUUCGCUUUGUCAUUAUGGGGCAUUGUGUGUAGAAUGCCGAGGAUUUUUAUUUAUUUAAAACAUUUUAGAAUAAGGCUGUAAUGUAACAAAAUGUUUAAAAAGUAAAGGGGUCUGAAUACUUUCCGAAGGCACUGUAACUGCCUCUGUAAUGCAAGGCAAACGCAGCAUUCCAUUGAAAAUGAAUGUACUUCUGGUGUACCAAAAUGCAAUGACGCUGUCGGUGUGAUCAAGGCAUAAGGGAGUAUUGUUUGCCAUGUAGUCUAUUGUGUACAACAUUUCAGCAUUACACAGUAAUGUACAUGACAGACUUUGCAUAGAACAUACAUUCUACAAUGUGACAACAUUACGAUACUGUUUCAGAUGGUGGACUGGAGGAACUGGUGGAGGAACUUAGCAGUGGGAAAAUUAUGUACGCUUUCUGUCGUGUCCAGGACCCAAACUCUGGCCUGUGCAAAUACGUCCUCAUCAACUGGGUGAGUGCUGCACUACACUUCCUUUUCUUCUAAAGGUGGCACUCCUCUGUAUUUUGUAAUUUAAGUUGAAUGAUGCUCAUGAGUAUUUGUGUUUCAGACUGGAGAAGGUGUGAAAGAUGCCAGGAAAGGACUAUGUGCCAAUCAUGUCAGCUCCAUGGCAAAUUUUCUCAAGGUAAUUUCAUUUGGGAUGGUUUAGACAUUUUCUCCACACAGACAACUUGUUAGUUAAUGAAGAAAAGCCAUUAGAUGCAACUAUUUGUGUGUACACUUGCAACACUGGCCUCAACAGGAUAUUAAAUGUAUAGCAAUGGCAGGAAAGGAGUAGACACCCCUGUAAGUGCCAGAAAUAGCGUUUUGGUGUUUAAGAUAGGGCUGUCAAAGUUAACGCGUUAUUAACAUAGUAACGCAUUACAUGUUUAUUGGCGCUAAUUUUUUGCCGCUGUUAAUCGCGUCUCCAUUUCUUCACCGCACGGAAGCUUUUAAGUGCACGUUUUUUCCGCACAGACCCUUUUAAGCGCAGAACACAACACGGAACACAACUACAGUCAAUGCUUGCGCCUUUACAGCGCUGAAGACUGUGUGCCUCUAGCCAAAAUCAUGUGAAAAUUAUGCCCAAUAUCAGAGCUAUGUUUUUUUUCUUUCUGCCACGGAUUGGUGCUCAUGUCGCGGGACAUUUUAAACUAUUUUUUAGUUUGAUGACAAACGACAUUGUUUAGCUAGCAACCUGAUAACUUGACCACUGACUAGGCCACGCCCAAAUUUGGAUGGCACAGGAAGAACUGAAAAGGAAUAGGUUACUCAAAAAUAUGCUUCAAAGGUAGGCUGCAUAUGCAAGAGUGGGGUGUGUGUGAUUGUGUGUGUGUGAGAGCGGGAGUAAGCGGGCGAGUUCGUUUUGCAUGGCCCGGUGCCCCUGGUGUGUGGAAAUGUAACUUAAGGACCAAUGGAAUGGCCUAAAAUGUGCAAACACCGCCCACCCAUGGCACCGGGCCAUGCAAAACGAACUUGCCCAGUGUGAGAGAGAGGGUGUGGGAGGGAGGGAGAGUGUGACAGUACAGAUGGUUAGUGUUUUCAUAACAUUGUUGGACACAUUUAAAAUCUAUUUGUUCUUUGUAUCCAUAUAGCCAGUAUUUCUUUUGCUGUAGUCAUUUAGAAUGCCCUAAAGUGUUAACAGUAUGUUGUAGAGAAAGAGACAGACUGUGUGCUGUGUGCAAAUGUUAAACUUCAAGAACAGUUGGUAGAGCAUGGCGCUUGCAACGCCAGGGUUGUGGGUUUGUUUCCCACGGGGAGCCAAUAUGAAAAAUGUAUGCACUCACUAACUGUAAGUCUCUCUGGAUAAGAGCGUCUGCUAAAUGACUAAAAUGUAAAUGAGAGGGAGUAGGCCUACUGAAACAUUGGGAGCAUUAGUAGCUUUAUGUUACAGUGAAUUUUGUUUAUGGUGGAAAUGUUAUUAAAACAUUCUGAUGUAGAUAAUUUUGUGUUUCUGUCCCUUACAAUCAAAGCAUAGUAUGCCUGUAACUUAAUGCACUGUUUAUUAAAUGGAAAAAGGGCCACAUUUAAGCAAAUUCAAACAUUUGGAUUUAAUCGCAAUUAAUGCCAUUAACUCAAUUAAUUAUUUUAAUCGUUUGACAGCCCUAGUUUGAGUUAAGCAGCAGUUGGAUGCUGCUUCAGGUGAAGUGGUUGUGGUUUCUGAAUCAGCUCUUUAAGUAGACUCGGUUAUCAGUCGUUAUCAUGAAAGUCACCCUGCUAACUGCAUGUCAAAAAAUCCAAUGGGUGGUGGCUCAGUCAGAUAUCAAAUAUUCCUCCUAUGGACAGCCCUUUCAUGGCCUUAUCUGGAAUGUGUGAUGCGUGUUAUUUGUAGCUUAAUUGUCUGCUGUAAUUCCAGGGCGCCCAUGUCACAAUAAAUGCCCGUGCAGAGGAGGAUGUAGAACCAGAGGCUAUUAUGCAAAAGGUGGGCAAUGCCUCAGGGGCCAACUAUAGCUUCCAUAAAGAGUCCAACAAGUUCCGAGACGCUGGUCCCCAGGGACCUGUGGUAUGUACCAAAUACAGCAUCUUAUCCUUUUUAGAGAUUAAAACAUUUUAGUUGUGCAUUAUGAGUUUGUUUCAUCGUAUUAUCAGCAUCUGUACAUUAUGUUGGCAAGUUGUGUUGUGGUCGGAUAAAAUGCUCUCAUAUAGCUAAUUUGUUUCGGUAAUAACUUGUCUGCCUGUGGACAUUUUCGUUAGAUUUAUAGCACAAGGCUGCGGAUGAGUUUUUCAGUGUGAGUUAGUUUCCAAUUUGUUGGAUGUUGUGAUGGUGCAGCUGGUUGUUUACAAUGACUCAUCUGCAGUAGAAUCCAGUGGCUUAGUUGAGGCUCAUGAUUGCUGGCCAGGGCUGAAGCCAGGCCAGACAAGGCUGUUUAAAGCCUGUUAACUCACCAUAAUAAACCAACAUGCUGUGUCAGUACUGGAUCUGGGUAGGGGUUGGUGUCCAGGAGUGAGAACUUGUUUGGCGCAUAGGAGAUUUUUUGUUGUUGGCUAACACAUUUUGUUAUGACAGGGCUCAGUGUAUCAGAAGACCAACGCUAUGUCUGAAAUCAAACGCACCAAUAAAGACAACUUCUGGGCGCAGGCAGAGGUAAGCCAGCUCCAACACCUUUCUCCCACUACAGGUACUCACUGAUCCUCUCCAUACUGGUUAGAUUUGCUUGAGCAUAGCUCAGCAUGUUCUGGUGUCAUGCGGCGUUAUGACACAUUUUAAACUACCCUAACCUUGUGCUCAUGGCCCGUGUGUCUGUCUCAGAAAGAUGAGGAGAAGCGGCGACAGGAGGAGCGCGGCAAGGCAGACGAGGAGCGCCAGAAGCUGGAGAAAGACAGGAAGGAUCGAGAGGCCAAAGAGGCAACUCUCAGAGAGAAGAGAGACAAGGAAAGGGCCUCUAUGAUCGACCAGCAGAAGUGAGUAAAACUGUGGUUAGUUCACUUAGCUGGAGGUGGUUAUCUAGCUGACCUUAUUGACAGCCAGGUUUGCAUUAAGUCUACUUCCCCCUUUUAACAACCAUUUGUUUAACAGGAAGUACCAGCAGCAGCAGGAAGCUGAGAGCAGAGAAGAUGAGAAACAACAAUGGGUGAGUUCUCUGCUGGCUCACAGCAGGACUGGCCUGCAGUCUGAGGAGAAUUAAUUAAAAUCAAUUCUGCUAUGUUUAACUGGUAGUUCAUCCUCAUUUGGGAGGCAGUAGAUCAGUCUGUGCAACAUGCACCCCACCUAAGUUAUGUUUUUAAAUGUGAAAGCACAAAUUUAGGACAUGAUAAGAAUAGCACAAGAACAAACUAUACAGAACCAUUAGGCGUAGCCUCGGAGGUAGGAUUCAAUUAUGUGUGGUGCAUCAUCAUCAGGAGGAGCAAGAGAAGGACUUCCAGGCAACUCAGAAGAAAGGGAUGAAGCGUGGUGAAUCUGUGGAGAAAGCCAAUGUGAGUUAAAUGUGGCCCCAUGUAGCUUUUAAGUGAUUGUCCAAAUACUCCCUAUACCCUGUGACUCAGAACUCUGUUCCGCUUCCCUUUUCAGUGACUCAAUCAAAUCUGUUCUUUGCUUGAAUUUAAAUUCUACAGCUUCACUUACUGUCAUUUUCUUUAGACAUAAUUAAGAAAUUGUACACAUUUAUUCAUACUGUAGAUCAGGGGUAAGCAACUAGAUUCAGCCGCGGGCUGAUUUUUGUUGGAGCGAGUGGUCGGGGGUCCGGAAAAUAAUUUGUAUAAGAAUUUGUACACUGCAAAUUGACCACAACUAAGACCAACAAGAUUGUAUUUGAAAAUAACAAUAAAUGAAAGUCAUUUUUGGCUGAAGUUCUUACCAAGAAAAACUUCCAAAAGGACUAAUUCAAGGUAGAAAGGAGUUGGAGCACUCAACAAAAAAAAGCAGGAAUUGAUUUAUUUUAGCUCACUUUAAUCCAUUGUACAUGAUGUGAACAUGUGACUGACGUUUCGACGUCAAGCUGACGUCUUCCUCAGAGUGAACUGACCAUUGCACUUAGCUCCUAUUUAUAGACUAGUGGCCCAUUGAGACAAAACAAUGUAAGAAAGUAUUGAUGCUUUGGAUUUUGUAUUCUUUAGCUGUUCUCGGGUGGUUAACGUUGUAUUAUUGGCCGACCAACACUAAACUUUUUUUACCACUGGAGAACAGGGAAAUAAUAUAAAAUCCAAAGCGUCAUUAAUUGUAGCACCACAAAUGUUAUAUACAUGCUCAAAUGUAUAUAUUGGUAAAAUUAUACGAGCAUUAAAACUCUGCAUUGCAGAACAUAAGGCUGACAAUAGGCCGGCCGGCCCUCCAUGGACUGAGUUUGACACCCCUGGGCUAAACAAUGAUUUUUCACUGUCCUCGUUUCUAUAAUGUUGUUGCCUUGAUUGUUUUGGGUCUCUGUGUCUCCGGAUUCACAGACAACCAAAUAUCAAAUUAUUUACAUUUUAGUCAUUUAGCAGACGCUCUUAUCCAGAGCGACUUACAGUUAGUGAGUGCAUACAUAAUUUUUUGUAUUUUCCAUACUGGCCCCCCGUGGGAAUCAAACCCACAACCCUGGCGUUGCAAACGCCAUGCUCUACCAACUGAGCUACAUCCCCUAUGUAUAUUUUGACAUGGCCUAUUGAUUAACGAGACAUACUAUUUCUCUUAUUAUUAGUAUUAUUUUGUGCUACAAUUUGCCAUUUACCUUGAAACCUAUUAGCAUUAUUAUUUUCUUACAUUGUUUUGUCUCAAUGGGCCACUAGGCUAUAAAUAGGAGCUAAGUGCAAUGGUCAGGUCACUCUGAGGAAGACGUCAGCUUGACGUCGAAACGUCAGUCACCUGUUUUCGUCCUGUACAAUGGAUUAAUUUCUACGUCGAUUAGUCCUUUUGGAAGUUUUUCUUGGUGAUAACAUCUCAUGAUUUUCGUCGUUGUUGAGCACCCCUCUCCUUUGUUUGCUGAAGCGCCUUCUUCUAAGCUUUGGGAGGCCAAAGAAAAUCCCUUGCGGGCCAGGUUUUGCUGACCCCUGCUGUAGAUUAUUUUGGAGACUGUGCCCUUUGCUUAUCAGCAGUGUAUUUCACUGGGGUGUUGAACUAUUAAGAGUUCUACAGCUAUACAGUGGCCAGUGUGCAUGUCUGACUCACACUGUGUGUUUCAGGAGGCAGCCUCUCUGAUCUCCCAGCGCUCUAUGAACCCCAGAGAGAUGUUCAAGCAGAGAGAGAAGGGCAUGGCCCCCAGCACUGCAGACAUCGACACCCCUGCUGCUGCUGCCCACGCCCCUGCCAGCCCCCAGCCAGGUAGGCCACCAAUUCAAUUGUUUGUUAAUAAUAUGCCAAGUGUAGUUCCUAAUGAGGACUUUAGAUUAUUCUGUAAAAUGUUUCUGCCAUGGGUGUUUCAUAACUGGGCUUGCUAGCUGUCUGUCAGGUGUGGGUGAGAUCAGUGGAUUGUCUGGGCCAUGUUGAAACAUGCAGUAGGAGAUUCUUAUUGCAUUAUCAGCUUUAACUCAUUGUCAGACAUGGACUGUCUCAUAUCACAUCUUGUGUCUAGACCACAUCUGCUUUGUGUUGUCUGCUCUGCUGGGUAACCUCUCCGGCCAACAUGUAUAGUGGGGGAAAAAAGUAUUUAGUCAGCCACCAAUUGUGCAAGUUCUCCCACUUAAAAAGAUGAGAGAGGCCUGUAAUUUUCACCAUAGGUACACGUCAACUAUGACAGACAAAAUGACAAAAAACAAUCCAGAAAAUCACAUUGUAGAAUUUUUUAUGAAUUUAUUUGCAAAUUAUGGUGGAAAAUAAGUAUUUGUUCAAUAACAAAAGUUUGUCAAUACUUUGUUAUAUACCCUUUGUUGGCAAUGACACAGGUCAAACGUUUUCUGUAAGUCUUCACAAGAUUUUCACACACUGUUGCUGGUAUUUUGGCCCAUUCCUCCAUGCAGAUCUCCUCUAGAGCAGUGAUGUAUUGGGGCUGUCGCUGGGCAACAGACUUUCAACUCCCUCCAAAGAUUUUCUAUGGGGUUGAGAUCUGGAGACUGGCUAGGCCACUCCAGGACCUUGAAAGGCUUCUUACGAAACCACUCCUUCGUUGCCCGGGCGGUGUGUUUGGGAUCAUUGUCAUGCUGAAAGACCCAGCCACGUUUCAUCUUCAAUGCCCUUGCUGAUGGAAGGAGGUUUUCACUCAAAAUCUCACGAUACAUGGCCCCAUUCAUUCUUUCCUUUACACGGAUCAGUCGUCCUGGUCCCUUUGCAGAAAAACAGCCCCAAAGCAUGAUGUUUCCACCCCCAUGCUUCACAGUAGGUAUGGUGUUCUUUGGAUGCAACUCAGCAUUCUUUGUCCUCCAAACACGACGAGUUGAGUUUUUACCAAAAAGUUAUAUUUUGGUUUCAUCUGACCAUAUGACAUUCUCCCAAUCCUCUUCUGGAUCAUCCAAAUGCACUCUAGCAAACUUCAGAUGGGCCUGGACAUGUACUGGCUUAAGCAGGGGGACACGUCUGUCACUGCAGGAUUUGAGUCCCUGGCGGCGUAGUGUGUUACUGAUGGUAGGCUUUGUUACUUUGGUCCCAGCUCUCUGCAGGUCAUUCACUAGGUCCCCCCGUGUGGUUCUGGGAUUUUUGCUCACUGUUCUUGUGAUCAUUUUGACCCCACGGGGUGAGAUCUUGCGUGGAGCCCCAGAUCGAGGGAGAUUAUCAGUGGUCUUGUAUGUCUUCCAUUUCCUAAUAAUUGCUCCCACAGUUGAUUUCUUCAAACCAAGCUGCGUACCUAUUGCAGAUUCAGUCUUCCCAGCCUGGUGCAGGUCUACAAUUUUGUUUCUGGUGUCUUUUGACAGCUCUUUGGUCUUGGCCAUAGUGGAGUUUGGAGUGUGACUGUUUGAAGUUGUGGACAGGUGUCUUUUUUUUUUUUUUUUUUUUUUUUUCCACCUUUAUUUAACCAGGUAAGCCAGUUGAGAACAGGUUCUCAUUUACAACUGCGACCUGGCCAAGAUAAAGCAAAGUAGUGCAAUAAAAACAACACAGAGUUACAUAUGGGGUAAAAAAAUAAAAAAAGUCAGAAAUACAACAGAAAAUAUAUAUACAGUGUGUGCAAAUGUAGCAAGUUAUGGAGGUAAGGCAAUAAAUAGGCUAUAGUGCAGAAUAAUUACAAUAGUAUUAACACUGGAAUGCUAGAUGUGCAAGAGAUUAUGUGCAAAUAGAGAUACUGGGGUGCAAAAGAGCAAAAUAAAUAACAAUAUAGGGAUGAGGUAGUUGGGUGGGCUAAUUUCAGAUGGGCUGUGUACAGGUGCAGUGAUCAGUAAGCUGCUCUGACAACUGAUGCUUAAAGUUAGUGAGGGAGAUAAGUGUCUCCAGCUUCAGAGAUUUUUGCAAUUCGUUCCAGUCAUUGGCAGCAGAGAACUGGAAGGAAUGGCGGCCAAAGGAGGUGUUGGCUUUGGGAAUGACCAGAGAGAUAUACCUGCUGGAGCGCAGACUACGGGUGGGUGCUGCUAUGGUGACCAAUGAGCUAAGAUAAGGCGGGGAUUUGCCUAGCAGUGAUUUAUAGAUGGCCUGGAGCCAGUGGGUUUGACGACGAACAUGUAGUGAGGACCAGCCAACAAGAGCGUACAGGUCACAGUGGUGGGUAGUGUAUGGGGCUUUGGAGACAAAACGGAUGGCACUGUGAUAGACUACAUCCAAUUUGCUGAGUAGAGUGUUGGAGGCUAUUUUGUAAAUGACAUCGCCGAAGUCAAGGAUCGGUAGGAUAGUCAGUUUUACGAGGGCAUGUUUGGCAGCAUGAGUGAAGGAGGCUUUGUUGCGAAAUAGGAAGCCGAUUCUAGAUUUAACUUUGGAUUGGAGAUUCUUUAUGUGAGUCUGGAAGUUGAGUUUACAGUCUAACCAGACACCUAGAUAUUUGUAGUUGUCCACAUACUCUAGGUCAGACCCGUCGAGAGUGGUGAUUCUAGUCGGGUGGGCGGGUGCUAGCAGCGUUCGAUUGAAAAGCAUGCAUUUAGUUUUACUAGUGUUUAAGAGCAGUUGAAGGCUACUGAAGGAUUGUUGUAUGGCAUUGAAGCUCGUUUGGAGGUUUGUUAACACAGUGUCCAAUGAAGGGCCAGAUGUAUACAAAAUGGUGUCGUCUGCGUAGAGGUGGAUCUGAGAGUCACCAGCAGCAAGAGCGACAUCAUUGAUAUACACGGAGAAAAGUGUCGGCCCAAGAAUUGAACCCUGUGGCACCCCCAUAGAGACUGCCAUAGGUCCAGACAACAGGCCCUCCGAUUUGACACACUGAACUCUAUCUGAGAAGUAGUUGGUGAACCAGGCGAGGCAGUCAUUUGAGAAACCAAGGCUAUUUAGUCUGCCAAUAAGAAUGCGGUGGUUGACAGAGUCGAAAGCCUUGGCCAGGUCGAUGAAGACGGCUGCACAGUACUGUCUAUUAUCAAUCGCGGUUAUCAUAUCGUUUAGGACCUUGAGCGUGGCUGAAGUGCACCCGUGACCAGCUCGGAAACCGGAUUGCAUAGCGGAGAAGGUACGGUGGUAUUCGAAAUGGUCGAUGAUCUGUUUGUUAACUUGGCUUUCGAAUACUUUCGAAAGGCAGGGCAGGAUGGAUAUAGGUCUGUAGCAGUUUGGAUCUAGAGUGUCACCCCCUUUGAAGAGGGGGAUGACCGCGGCAGCUUUCCAAUCUCUGGGGAUCUCAGACGUUAUGAAAGAGAGGUUGAACAGACUAGUAAUAGGGGUUGCGACAAUUUCGGCGGCUAGUUUUAGAAAGAAAGGGUCCAGAUUGUCUAGCCCAGCUGAUUUGUAGGGGUCCAGAUUUUGCAGCGCUUUCAAAACAUCAGCUGUCUGAAUUUGUGUGAAGGAGAAGCGGGGGGGGCAUGGGCAAGUUGCAGCAGAGGGUGCAGAGUUGGUGGCCGGGUUAGUGGUAGCCAGAUGGAAAGCAUAGCCAGCUGUAGCAAAAUGCUUGUUGAAAUUCUCGAUUAUUGUAGAUUUAUCGGUGGUGAUAGUGUUUCCUAGCCUCAGUGCAGUGGGCAGCUGGGAGGAAGUGCUCUUAUUCUCCAUGGACUUUACAGUGUCCCAAAACUUUUUGGAGUUAGUGCUACAGGAUGCAAAUUUCUGUUUGAAAAAGUUAGCCUUUGCUUUCCUGACUGCUUGUGUAUAUUGGUUCCUAACUUCCCUGAAAAGUUGCAUAUCGCGGGGGCUAUUUGAUGCUAAUGCUGUACGCCACAGGAUGUUUUUGUGCUGGUCAAGGGCAGUCAAGUCUGAGGAGAACCAGGGGCUAUAUCGGUUCUUAGUUCUGUAUUUUUUGAAUGGGGCAUGUUUAUUUAAGAUUGAGAGGAAAUUACUUUUAAGGAACAACCAGGCAUCCUCUACUGACGGAAUGAGAUCUAUAUCCAUCCAGGAUACCUGGGCCAGGUCAAUUAGGAAGGCCUCCUCGCUAAAGUGUUUUAGGGAGCGUUUGACAGUGAUGAGGGGUGGUCGUUUGACCGCGGACCCGUUACGGACGCAGGCAAUAAGGCAGUGAUCGCUGAGAUCCUGGUUGAAGACAGCUGAGGUGUAUUUAGAGGGUAUGUUAGUCAGGAUGAUAUCUAUGAGGGUACCCAUGUUUACGGAUUUAGGGUUGUACCUGGUAGGUUCGUUGAUAAUUUGCGUGAGGUUGAGGGCAUCUAGCUUGGAUUGUAGGAUGGCUGGGGUAUUAAGCAUAUCCCAAUUUAGGUCACCAAGCAGUACAAACUCUGAGGAUAAAUGGGGGGCAAUCAAUUCACAUAUGGUGUCCAGGGCACAGCUGGGGGCUGAGGGGGGUCUGUAGCAAGCGGCAACAGUGAGAGACUUAUUUCUGGAAAGGUGGAUUUUUAGAAGUAGAAGCUCAAACUGUUUGGGCACAGACCUGGAUAGUAUGAUGGAGCUCUGCAGGCUAUCUCUACAGUAGAUUGCAACUCCACCCCCUUUGGCUGUUCUAUCUAGACGGAAAAUGUUAUAGUUGGGGAUGGAAAUUUCAGAAUUUUUGGUGGCCUUCCUGAGCCAGGAUUCAGACACUGCUAGAACAUCAGGGUUGGCAGAGUGUGCUAACGCAGUGAAUAACUCAAACUUAGGAAGUAGACUUCUGAUAUUUAUGUGCAAGAAACCAAGACAUUUGCGAUUACAGAAGUCAUCAAAUGAUAGCGCCUGGGGAGUAGGAGUGAUACUGAGGGCUGCAGGGCCUGGGUUAGCCUCUACAUCACCAGAGGAACAGAGGAGGACUAGAAUAAGGAUACGGCUAAAGGCUUUAAGAACUGGUCUUCUAGUGCGUUGGGUACAUAGAAUAAAGGGGGCAGAUUUCCGGGUGUUAUAGAAAAGAUUCAGGGCAUUAUGUACAGACAAGGAUAUGGAAGGAUAUGAGUAAAGUGGAGGUAAACCUAAGCGUUGGGUAACAAUGAAAGAGAUAGUAUCUCUAGAGGCAUCAAUUGAGUCGGUCUCUGAGUGUAUGGGGGGAGGGACAAAGGAGCUAUCUAAGGCAGGUUUAGCUAGGCUGGGGGGUCUACAGUGAUAUAGUACAAUUAGAAAUAACCGAAACAACAAUAAACUAACCAUGUUUGGGCUGAGGCUAAACAUAAACAGGAUGUAGUACCGUAAAAAGGAACAGUCCAGCAGAUAUCAGCUGUAUAGCUGAGUUAUCAUAAGGUCCGGUGGUGAAGCACUUGUGAGUAAGAGGCCACGGAUAGCGUGUGCUAGCGGGCCAGGGCUAGCAGAUGGAUGGAAUCUUCGUGGUUAACGUCGUAACCACAUCAGACGAUUUCGUCGGCAGACCAGUCGUGUAGGAUCGGCGGGGCUUCGUGUCAACACUAGGUGGUCCCGUCCGGUUGACAGAGAGGUAGAUAGCCGGGAGAUGGGCCUAGCUCAGGAUGAUUAGCCAGACCACAGCGUCCGUUUUGUUGUAGCCAGCUGGUAGCGAUGAAUCCGGAGUUAAAGGUCCAGUGAUUCAGUGAUUCCGGCGGAAAAACUGAUAUGAUCUGGGUCGAUAACGCGCUGUGCAGACUGGCCGAAUAUCCGGUGAUCAAUGUCCAAUGAUUAAAAUUAAUCCAGCGGAAAAAAAAUCCAAUGUUUUGGGUGAAACACCGCUAGCUGUGGCUAAUAGCAAGUAGCUAGUUCAGUAGCUAGUUCAGUUUAGUGAGUAAGAGGCCACGGAUAGCGUGUGCUAGCGGGCCAGGGCUAGCCGAUGGAUGGAAUCUUCGUGGUUAACGUCGUAACCACAUCAGACGAUUUCGUCGGCAGACCAGUCGUGUAGGAUCGGCGGGGCUUCGUGUCAACACUAGGUGGUCCCGUCCGGUUGACAGAGAGGUAGAUAGCCGGGAGAUGGGCCUAGCUCAGGAUGAUUAGCCAGACCACAGCGUCCGUUUUGUUGUAGCCAGCUGGUAGCGAUGAAUCCGGAGUUAAAGGUCCAGUGAUUCAGUGAUUCCGGCGGAAAAACUGAUAUGAUCUGGGUCGAUAACGCGCUGUGCAGAUUGGCCGAAUAUCCGGUGAUCAAUGUCCAAUGAUUAAAAUUAAUCCCGCGGAAAAAAAUCCAAUGUUUUGGGUGAAACACCGCUAGCUGUGGCUAAUAGCAAGUAGCUAGUUAGCUGGCUAGCUAGUUUCAACUGGAUAUUCUAGAUAAAGGUAAGUCAAAAAUAGAAUCCGUUCCACAUUGAGUGAGGCGGGUUGCAGGAAAGUAUAUUUUGUAGAAGGGUGAAAAGUCUGAUAGGGAAAUAUGUACGAAAAAUACAAAAAAACAGGGUAUUUACAGGCUAUUUACAGACACACGACAGAAACAGGACUGCACUACUUCGCCAUCUAUUAUACUGAUAACAAGUUCAAACAGGUGCCAUUAAUACAGGUAACGAGUGGAGGACAGAGGAGCCUCUUAAAGAAGAAGUUACAGGUCUGUGAGAGCCAGAAAUCUUGCUUGUUUGUAGGUGACCAAAUACUUAUUUUCCACCAUAAUUUGCAAAUAAAUUCAUUAAAAAUCCUACAAUGUGAUUUUCUGGAAAAAAAAUUCUCAAUUUGUCUGUCAUAGUUGACGUGUACCUAUGAUGAAAAUUACAGGCCUCUCUCAUCUUUUUAAGUGGGAGAACUUGCACAAUUGGUGGCUGACUAAAUACUUUUUUUCCCCACUGUAUGUCUGUCUGCUCUGCUGGGUAACCUCUCCGGCCAACAUGCAUGUCUGUCUGCUCUGCUGGGUAACCUCUCUGGCCAACAUGUAUGUCUGUCUGCUCUGCUGUGUGUUUCUCAGGGCGUUUGCAAAGCCCUUUUCUCUCUAAGCAACCAUGUGAGCCGUCCCGCUCGCCCCUGCACCAAGCCUCCCCACUGCCUGCAGGCUCUGCCUCACCUGUCCCUGCUGCAGGUCUGAGCUCACUCAUACCACUGACACAAACUGACCCUUUCCCAACACACAGAGAAAUACUUCACACGUGGGUGACUGCAUUACAUACAAUUACUAUGUUUGCGUUUCGGUCAAAUCUCUACCUGAUGCUACUCCAUUUCAAUCAAUCAGUCCAAAUGAUUUACCUGAUGCUACUCCAUUUCAAUCAAUCAGUCCAAAUGAUUUACCUGAUGCUACUCCAUUUCAAUCAAUCAGUCCAAAUGAUUUACCUGAUGCUACUCCAUUUCAAUCAAUCAGUCCAAAUGAUUUACCUGAUGCUAGUCCAUUUCAAUCAAUCAGUCCAAAUUAUUUACCUGAUGCUACUCCAUUUCAAUCAAUCAGUCCAAAUGAUUUACCUGAUUCUACUCCAUUUCAAUCAAUCAGUCCAAAUGAUUCACUUGAUGCUACUCCAUUUCCUCUCUUGUUACUGCAAUUUAACGUCAUCCUCAUUAUUGAAUCACUGUACAUCAUCAUGCCCACAUUAGAUCACUGUAAUCAUCAAUCUCAUCCAGUGUGCUUGUCUUUUUCCAUGAGAAUUCACAGAUGGUUUGGUAUAUAUUCCAACUAGUGUUUAAGGUUAGGCAUUGGAAUUGUUAAGGUUUGGAAUAGGCUUAAAACAAAAAUCUCAAAAACAUCUUUCUAUCGCUGGAUUCGAACAUGCAAUCAUUGGAAUCAGAGGCAGAUGCUUAGGCAGAUGCACCCUAGCAAAACCGAAACCUACUUGAAGGUAACAGCACUCACUGUUGCCCCUAGUGGCCAGCUUCCACAUCAUCUCCCGACGCCCUCAGCCAUGGAUGGAUGUUGAAAACUGACUUGUAUCAUGGGUGACCUGGCUGAUUAUAUUCAGUUUCUGAAUAUUUAUGAGUGCAUGCGUUAGUAUGUGUGUACAUUUGUGGCCCUCUGUGUGUAUCUGUGCUCGUAUAUCGUGUGUGUACGUGUGUGUACGUCAUAAUAAGAACCCAGUGUGGAUGAGCCCGUUGUGGAUGAGCCAUCCCAGUCUGAGUGCUUGGAUGAGCAGGAUGCAACCCCUGUUCAGGAUGCAGUCCCUGAGGAACAGUGGGAAGAUGAAGGUGGGCCCUACUCCACAUGCACCUCAGUCUGAGCACCGAACAGUCAUAUUCAUCUCUCAUCUGUGUAUCAUCAUGACCAUUUCUCUGGACACAUUUCUAAGUUACUUUGUACUCUGGAUCCCUGCUGCUGCUGCCACCUUUUGGUAGAGAGAGGUAGUAUUUUCAAAAAAGUCUGACUUUUUCCCCUUUCAGUGAAGGCACCAGCACCUCCCACUCAGCACAACCAUGCCACAGAGCCAGCCCAAAACGAUCUCUAUGAAGAGCCCCCACAGGUGAAUAUUUGUCAUGGCACGUGUGAGCAGUGAAAAUCAUUCAGCAAGGCUGAGGAUUUAAUUAUGAACAGCGAUAACAUACAUUUUGUAAUCUGAAAAUACCUUCUCAUUAUUCAAAUACCAUUCAAGUCAAAAGAUGUAACUGGUAACAUUUGCAGUUGAACUUACACUUGAAGGGCAUUCUGAGGUACAGCACCCCUUGUUCCCUCAGGUGGAAGAGAACACAUGUGAGGUGCCUGCAGAGGAGAAGACUGACCGAGGUGUCUGUGCCAGGGCUCUAUACGACUACCAGGCUGGUAAGCAUCGUCACAGCCUACUGACAAUUUACAGCUGACACUCAGUCCACUGAACUGGUUCUCUAUGAAAAAUGUGUAACCGUGACGUUUUACCCCAAUACAGAGAAUCAAUGUGGGUAGAACUGCUAGAUGGAAACUGGCAGUCAGUUAGGGAAUAGACCCCUGUAAAUAAUACCACAACGGAUAUUUGAAUGGACAUGGUGAUCUGAGGUAUUACUCCUCUUUUCAUUCCACAGCUGAUGACACAGAGAUCUCCUUUGAUCCUGAUGACAUCAUCACUGGCAUCGAGAUGAUUGACGAGGGCUGGUGGCGGGGCUACAGCCCAGACGGGCAUUUUGGAAUGUUCCCAGCCAAUUACGUGGAGGUUUUCUAAGUCCAUACCUCGCCCACUCACUAGAUCAGCAUAUUGGAGGCAGAAGAGAAAAGAUCCCCCCCAGAAGAAUUCGGCAGUAGGAAAACUGCUAGAAGUAACUCAACAGUGAACACUUUAGAAUAGUUUGCUGAACUGUAUCUCCACAUUAUGGACCAAUGUAUGAACAAUAACCAUGGGACCAGGGGGUGCUUAAAUCUAUCCUUGUUGAAGAAAGCAAUUCCAUUAUGUUGUUGAUGUUGUGAGCCGUUAAAUGGCAUAGUUUAGGUUUUGAUUAAAACCAAUAUACUUGCCAACCCCAAACUGAAUCUCUCACCUUUUAAUGUGAUGCAGUAAAUUGUCAGGCAUUGUUGAUGUUUCAAUUCAAGAUUCCAUUGUGAACAUUGAUAGCACUUGUAGAUCACAUUCCUUAAAAAUUGAAUCCAGUUUUGUUCCAAGUAUACUAUUUUUGUUAUUUGUAGCAUUCGCUCCUGUCGGGUUCAGGAUAAUAACAUUUCAUAGCUCACAUAAUGGUACCAACUAUGAUCUUUUGCCUUUUUUUGCCUUUUCCUCAAAGACUAAUAUUUUAUGUGAGUAUUUCUCUGUCAGAAAUGAGUUUGCUUGAAAGGAAUCCUGUGUGAAUUUCAAACCAUAGUUUGGUAUUGCAGUUGAAUUUAAUAUUAGAAAACCAAAAGGUUCUAUAUUUGCUAUGCUCUCUGGGUGGCUGAACUCAAGGGAAAAUAGGGGUGAAAAUAAUGACACAAUCAUAUUCUCCUUGUGAAAUCUUUUGUUGUUUUUUAAAUAUAUAAUGGUUAUGUAAAAAGCUCGUCCCCAUACCCUCCCUGCUCUCUUCAGCCCCUGGAGAAUUUUAAUGACUGACUAUUUCAGGGACCAGUUACACAAAACAAAGCAUAAGUCAUAUUUUCUCAUGUGUUGUUGCCGUCUUGUCAUAAUCUGUGUCCUGGGUACAACUCGUCUCUGCUUAACUAGUCUUUCACAGCCAGGUCCAGCUUCCAUCAAAAUACAGGUCUGUGAUUGGCUUAAUUUAGCAGGCUUAAGGGAGCCUUGAUCAGAUGCUGUUAUCAUGUGACAGUGCCAAAGGAGGGUAACAGAGUGGCGUGAUGAUGUCCUCUGGAAAGUGCUUUCUCUCAUUUUAAUCUGUGUGGAAACUCCAUAACCAUUAGGCUAUGCAACAUCACUGCUUUUUAACUUACAAUGAAAUCAUUGUGAAAGAAAAAGUUUGUGAGACAUUGUCACUUUAAUUAAUGAUAAAGGAAUUUAAGAAUGAUUCAAAGGGUUCACGUCAUUUCAAGGUGUGUGAUGUAUCCAUUGUCCAUGUUUUUGUUUUUCAAGAGUAUAUUGUAAUGCAAAUACGUUCGUCAUAAUAAAUGAGUUAAAGUAAAAUGUG